AGGUUAUGGGAAGCUGGUUGGAAGCAGCGAUACUACAAGAACAAAUUUGAUGUAGAUGCAGCUGAUGAGAAAUUCCGACGUAAGGUUGUUCAGUCUUAUGUUGAAGGAUUAUGCUGGGUUCUUCGAUAUUAUUACCAGGGCUGUGCUUCCUGGAAGUGGUAUUACCCAUUCCAUUAUGCACCGUUUGCCUCAGACUUUGAAGGUAUUGCAGACAUGCCUUCUGAAUUUGAAAAGGGCACAAAACCGUUUAAACCACUGGAACAGCUAAUGGGGGUUUUUCCAGCUGCAAGUGGUAACUUUUUACCUCCAACAUGGCGGAAGCUCAUGAGUGACCCUGAUUCUAGUAUAAUCGACUUCUAUCCUGAAGACUUUGCUAUUGAUUUGAAUGGGAAGAAGUAUGCAUGGCAAGGUGUUGCUCUGUUGCCAUUUGUGGAUGAGCGAAGGCUGCGAGCGGCCCUAGAAGAGGUGUACCCAGACCUCACUCCAGAAGAGAACAGGAGAAAUAGUCUUGGAAGUGAUGUUUUGUUUGUGGGAAAAGUUCAUCCACUACACGACUUCAUUUUAGAGCUGUAUCAGACAGGUUCUACAGAGCCAGUAGAUGUGCCACCUGAGUUGUGUCACGGGAUUCAAGGGAAGUUUUCUUUGGAUGAAGAAGCCAUACUUCCAGACCAAACAGUAUGUUCCCCUGUGCCCAUGUUACGGGACUUGACACAGAACACUGCAAUCAGUAUUAAUUUUAAAGAUCCACAGUUUGCGGAAGAUUAUGUUUUUAAGGCUAUAAUGCUUCCAGGAGCAAGAAAGCCAGCAGCAGUUCUGAAACCUGGAGACUGGGAAAAAUCCAGCAAUGGGCGGCAAUGGAAACCCCAGCUUGGCUUUAACCGGGACCGGCGGCCUGUUCACCUGGACCAGGCAGCCUUUAGAACUUUAGGCCAUGUUAUACCAAGAGGCUCGGGGACUGGUGUUUACAGCAACACUGCACCCCCACCUGCCAAUUACCAGGGGAACGUAUACAGGCCACUGCUGAGAGGUCAAACUCAGAUCCCAAAACUAAUGUCAAAUAUGAGGCCCCAAGAUAACUGGCGAGGUCCUCCUCCUCUUUUCCAGCAGCAGAGAUUUGACAGAAGUGUUGGAGCUGAACCUCUACUGCCAUGGAACCGAAUGCUCCAAACCCAAAAUGCAGCCUUUCAGCCAAAUCAGUACCAGAUGCUGGCUGGGCCCGGAGGAUAUCCACCCAGACGUGACGACCAUCGAGGAGGGCGACAGGGAUAUCCCAGAGAAGGAAGGAAAUACCCUUUGCCACCGCCCUCGGGAAGAUACAGUUGGAAUUAGGCUUUUGUAAAGCUUCCCACAUUCCUUUCACCAUUUUACACUUUCAUGCUAUUUGUGGAAAGGUUUCUUUCUCAAGUAGUAGUUUUUAAUAAAACUACAGUACUUUGUGUAUUUCUUUUAACUGUGUGUAUAUUUUUACUGAUCUGAUCUCACUGUUUUAUGUUGCUUUCUAGAGAUGUGUAUUGCAUAAUACAGUGGGUCUGAAUUUAUUAUUGCUUGUAAACACAUUUGAUGAAAUUAGGAGUCCUGGGUUUUCAUUAUGGUUAAAACUCAAAACAGCUCUAUGCUGAUUUUAAUGCACAUUAAUAAUUAGGUAUGGACAUUUGAACUGCACAUUCUGCAGACUAGAGCAUAUAUUGUUCAACAUUUCUUUGAAAACAUUUCAUUAAAGUACUUGUCUUACAGAAAUUUGUGGACUUUAGUAAAAAAAAUAAAAAUAAAGCUAAACUUUAAAAAUGU